AUGUUCUCCGGCUCCUCCCUCUUUCCGCACUGGCGGCGCAAAGCAGCCGAACGCUCCAGUAAUAGUUCCUACGAGGUGCCCUUCUUCUUGAACGCUGCCUAUUAUCCCAAUUGGAGGAUAUACCGGAAACAGCCUCCGUCGGCCCUUCGAUUGGGCUUCAUUUCUCAUAUCUUCUACGCGUUUGCAUGGGUUAAAGAAGAUGGUACCGUUUAUCUCAGUGACGAAUGGGCCGAUGCACAAAUGCCCGUCGACGGCACUAACGGCUGCCUGCGGGCCUUUGCGCAACUGAAGCCGCAGUAUUCUAAAAUGAAGCUCAUUCUCUCAGUCGGAGGAGGCGGCAAGGGCAGCGAGAACUUCGCCCAAGUGGCCCGCAGUCAAUCUCGCACCGAGACGUUUGCUCGGAGCGCGAGGGCGCUGGUGGACCAGUUUGGUCUGGAUGGUAUCGACGUGGACUGGGAAUACCCCUCCGACCCACAAGAAGGAUCGGACUAUAUCCGUCUGCUGGCGCGACUGCGCGAAGUCCUCCCGGCCCCGCGUUAUGUUCUGGCCUCUUGUCUGCCGGCCGGUCCAUGGGCUCUCCGCAACAUCGAUCUUUCCAAGGCGCAACUCUAUCUCGACCUGAUCAAUAUCAUGGCGUACGAUUUCUCGGGCCCCUGGGAGAACCAGUCGGGUCAUCAAGCCCAGCUCUUCAGCAAGCAUCCCGCAGCGAUUUCUUGCCAAAACUCCAUCUCCUACAUACUCAACCAGGGCGUCGAUCCCAAGAAGUUACUUCUCGGGAUCCCCGCGUAUGGCCGCUCGUUCCUGGGUAGCAGUGGAGCUGGUCAGCGGUAUGUAGGCUGUGGCGGUGAAGACGGCGUCUUCGACUAUAGCCAGCUGCCGCGACCGGGAGCCAAGGAGCAUCACGACAGCAGUCUGGGAGCAGCAUACUGCGUAGGCGGUGAUGGCGGAUUUGUCACAUACGACACGCCCCAAACAGUCCAGCAGAAGGCGAAAUUCGUCACCAAAAUGAAGCUGGGUGGGCUAUUCUAUUGGCAUAUUGGAGGCGACGCGCGGGGACCGCGAAGUCUGAUUGAAACGGGGUAUAACACAUUGCAUGAUAUGUAG